AUGUCCAAUCAUCCCUCUACAGGAAUCUUUAAAAUUAUCCUUACUUUCAUCUUUUUCGGAUUGCUGAGUUUUAUGUUGAUUGCAGGAAUCAUUGUGUUCAUUAUACUGAAAAGUCGAGUCAUCAACAGACGACAACGGUUGUCGGAUAAUCAAGAAUUAACUUUACAAGGACCCAUGAUCGAAGUUGAAAACAAUGGAUAUAUCCACGAAGAAGAACAUGUUCCUAUUAACCACUACAGAGUUUUGAAACAAAAAGUCCAUACAAUUUCCUCUAAUCAGUUGAAAAUAGAACCGACAAAUCUGCUUGGUGUUGGGAAAUACGGCAGGGUGAACAGCGGAACUAUACAUGAAAAUAACACUUUAAUUCCAGUGGCAGCGUACAGCAUUCAAGACAAAAAAAUGUCUAAGGAAACCAAACGAUCUAUGCUGCAGGAUCUAGAUGUGCUGAUCAAAGUUGGGAAACACGAGAAUCUCAUUAGCCUCAUUGGCACUUGUGAAACUGCUCAAGUGGUUUCCGUCAUCUUGGAUUAUGUAUCGAUGAAUCUCAAAGACUUGUUGUUAGGAAGUCGAGAUACUUUGCCUGGUAGAUUUAGCAACAUGUCGGAGGCUCAAGCAUUGGACAUUGCUAUACAGAUUGCGAGUGGCAUGGCUCACCUGGAGGCUUGCAGGGUAAUUCAUAGACAGUUAUGUGCAAGGAGUGUGAUGAUAACAAAUGGAUUUACGCCAAAAAUUAGUAGUUACGGUUUACACGUUACGUUUACGGGGACAGUACGGUUUAGCCACAAUAAAAUUCCGGAUUAUACCAGAUGGACAGCUUUGGAAGUGUUUAAGGGCCAACCGCCUAAUUAUAAGAGUGACGUGUGGUCAUACUCUUGUCUGCUUUGGGAAAUAUGUGUUUUAGGUGGCACGCCUUAUGGCAACACCUCAAACAACAAUGAAAUUCCUGAGAGAGUGAUGAAAGGUCUGCGUCUUCCACAGCUACAAUACAUCAGUGACGAUCUUUACCAAAUCAUGUUGGACUGUUGGCAGCUGGAUUGUGACGAACGACCAAAGUUUGUGGAUCUAGUGGACUCUCUCACAAACUUAAAGGAAAACAAUCUCAUUCCUUAUUUAAAUUUCAACCUCUUCUCUAAUUUCCAGUUUGAGCAAUUUUAUCCCGAUAUGGAACUAGCCGUAAGACCUGUAUUCUAA